UUGAAAGCAAAAAAUUCGGAAGUUAAUUUGUGUGCACAAUUUCAAAAACCCUAGUUAGUUUAAAAAGCAAACUCCCUCUUACGUCUGCCGAUUCCUAAGAAACCCCAGCAACAGUUCAGCUCCUUCUCUCAGAUUGUGCAGUAGAGAUGCAUAUUCCAGCCUCUGACGAUUGCAAUCCACCCCCUUCCCUCCCCGGGCCUAGUCUUACAACUAUAGUAUCAGAAACUCUAGGAGUUACGAUUUCACCGAUGCGCGAAAGAGGUGUUCCUGAAACACCAGAUCAACUUCAGGCAUCUUUCAAUGAAAUAUUCGAUGCUUACACUGAAGCCUGUCAGGAUCAUGCAUCUGAACCUCCUGAUACAUUUGCUGAUUCUCUUCAUGAUUUUGAAGUUAAACUUAUUAAAGUAGUUUUAAGGUUCAGAUUUUUCAAAGCUGUUAAUCCUGAUAUUUAUCUCGAUGUAGUAAAGCUUCCGGCUAUUAGAUCGAUGCUUGAUUUAUUAAAUGGUAGAUAUCAUUGUGGGAACCUUUUAGCUGGUUUUAUUCUUUGUACAUUCGAAAGGCUAACUGAUCCGGAUAUUUUUGUACCUGGUCAAGAAGAAGAAGCUACCUUGUUUGUUAAAUCUCUAGUUGAGCUUGGAGCCCUGAACGUAUUUGUUUCUACUCUUGAUAAGUUUCCUGUAGAUGCUGUUCAUUUCCCAGCAGUUCAAACUAUUGCGCAGAUGAUUUUUCUUGUACCAGAAUUAGCAGUACCCGCUGGACUGAAUUCCCAACUGAUGGAUUGGGUGUUUAAAGCACUCAGCUCUCCCAUAUGGAAUGAUCUAAAAAUGCAUGUUCUGGGGUUAUUAAAUACUCUUUUGAUGUCUAGUAUGGAAAAUAGACGUGAAUUUGGGAAAAUGGAUGCUGUAAUUGUUGUAGUAAAUGCUCUUUCAUCUCUUGAAGAAGAUUUUGUCCCGCACGAAGAAUACCUGCUGCAGACUUUGUUUUGUUGUUUACUUUUUCUAUUAGAAUGUCCAGACAAUAUAGUGAGGUUUGCCGAGGCUGGAGGUGUUCAGUCAAUGAUUGGAAUUAUUCAACAAGAGGACUUUGGUUAUUGUCAUGGGUCUGCAAUUGUGGCACUUGAUAAAGCAGUGGAAGCUUAUCAAUCUGCUUACGAGGAAUUCGUGAAUGAUGAUUUGGCAUUUGACACUGCAUUCCAUCCUUUCAGGGAUAUGAAUCCGCCAAGCAUCUACCAUGAGAUGGAAGAAAUAGAAGAGCAUCAAAUUUCUCUAAUCGCAUCAUUAAUUGGUGGCAUUGCCAAGACGGAAAAUAGCUUGUUAAAAAAGUUUGAGGAGAAUGAUUUCGAAAGAAUCACCUGGCUUAUGGAACUCUAUUCGGAAAAAGUUGAAGCAGUGACGAAUCAUCUCAAAGGAAAACAGUCGAUUGAUGUUAUUCUUGGUUAUCUUUGGUCGUCCGAGUAUUCUACAAUACAAAGUAGAAUCAAAAGUCAAUUAACUCAUCAGGACUUGGAGAUGAAACAUGUGGAGGAUUCUCUCUCAGCAUAUCGAGAUAACAUUGGCAAUGCGGGCGAAUCAGUAGAAAGUCCAAAGACAGCGAUGGAGGAAUGCAUUGAUUCCCUCGAGGUUAUGAAGUGUUAUUAGAAGCUAAGUACGAAACAUACUUCCGGAGCUUUUAUCUUGAAUGCACGACAGGAAAAUCCUAACCAGAGGAUGGAGCUGGAUGGAAAGGACAAGCGGAGACACUGAUCUGGGAGUACAUCUCUAUAUCUUUGAGGUUAUAGAAUGUUAAGUAAUUUGGAAUUCAAAGUCUUGUUCAUUCAACGAUAUAAAUUCUACAAUUACCCGUUUUACAUUGCCAGAGAUUUGUAUGUACGGAAAUAAAAUUUUAAAUUCAUCUGUUUUUUUUUCUA